GAGAGAGCGAUAUCAGUUGCUGUCUGCCCGCCCGCGAACCACACGGACCCCAGAGUUCGGCCGCGAGAAGAGCUCUUUCCGCUCGCGACUGCACAACCUUGUACGUGAACUCGGGCUGCGAUGGAACCCUGGAGAGCGUGGUUCCUGGCGGCGGCGCUGACGGCGGCGACGACGGCCUCGACUGCCCGGCGGCCGCCCAACAUCCUGGUCAUGCUCGCCGACGACCUCGGGAUAGGUGACCUUGGCUGCUACGGGAACGACACAAUCAGAACGCCACAUAUCGACAAAUUAGCUUCGCAAGGAGUGAAGCUGACGCACCACUUGGCCGCCGCUGCCUUCUGCACCCCGAGCCGGGCAGCGAUGCUAACCGGGCGCUACCCAUUCCGAUACGGGCUGGUGGGCGACGACGCAAGGAAAGCGGCGCCCGUGCUGCUCCACGUGGCCAGUCGAGCGCACCUUCCCCUCGAUGAAGUGACCCUCGCCAGGGCGCUCUCGGCCGCCAACUACUCCACGGCCCUCGUCGGCAAAUGGCACUUGGGCGUCCAGUGCGGCUUCCUGGGACGGAGCUGUCCUGGCCCGCUGAACCACGGCUUCGACACCUUCUUCGGGAUCCCUGUCACUCUCUUCUAUGAGUUCCGAGGGCCUUACCCCUUCUGGAAGUUCGACCUCAGCCAACCCUCGUACCAGCGAUUGCUCGGAACGUGGGUGGUGGCGAUGGCGAGCAUUGCGCUGGGGAAAAAAUACCUUGGAUGGAGGACUCGAAAUGUUAUUCUCCUCCUGCUGCUGUCCAGUGUCUUUUUCUCCCUCUAUUGGUUCAAAGUCGCUCACAUUGGUCUCAAUAAGGAAUGUUUAUGGGGGGUAUCGCCGUGGAUGCACAGGAUAGCCAACUCCAUGAUCCUUCGGCAGGACAAGGUGGUGGAGCAGCCUAUCCAGCUGGACGGGCUGUCGCAGCGGCUGGUCAAGGAGUCCCUGGGGUUCCUGGCUCAGCGCGCCGAGGACGACAGACCGUUCUUCCUGUUCCACUCCUUCGCUCACGUGCACACGCCCAUGUUUUCGGCGCCGCACAGGACGGGCGUCAGCAAGCACGGAAGCUACGGCGACAACGUGGAGGAGAUGGACGAGGGCGUCGGGGCGCUGAUGGACGCCCUCAGGGAGCUCGGCCUUGAGGACAACACCAUCGUGUACUUCACAUCAGACCAGGGCGGCCACCUGGAGGCCAUAGAUUCUGAAGGACGCCGCAUUGGGGGCCACAACGGUCGCUUCAAGGGAGGGAAGGCAAUGGGAGGAACCGAGGGAGGCAUCAGAGUAGCGGGUAUCUAUCGCUACCCGGGGCAUUUACCAGCGGGCACUACUCUUGACACCCCAACCUCUCUCAUGGACCUGAUGCCCACCGUGCUGGACUUAGCAGGGCUUCCUCCCGUGCACGAUCUCGUCCCUAGGACACCUCAAAAGGACCUGGAUGGAGAGAGCAUCGCUGACCUGCUUCAGGGCGAGAGCCGCUCCCCCGCGCAACCUCCUCGUAUUUUCCUGCAUCACUGUCGCAAUCAAAUUCAUGCUGCCAGGCUUGUUGCAGAUGGCCACGUCUACAAAAUGUACCUAUACAAGCACAAGUGGUUCCCGGGGAGCACACAGUGUGGCUGGGGACACACCGUGGGCUGCCACUGCUCUAAGGACAAGAUGCAUGACCUCACCGAACAGCCUGAACUCUAUGACCUUGUUCGUGAUCCCUACGAGGACCAUGACCCUAUCAGCCCGGAAACGGAUGAGUACAAGAAGGUCGUGGGCGCCCUGAUGCAGCACUUGGGCGAAUGGAACCGCACCGUCCACUAUCCGACGCCGCAGCUCGCCUCUCGCCUAGACAUCGCCUGGCUGCCUUGGAAGCAGCCCAUUUGCUUCAACUGCUAGCUGGUUUUUCCGUCGCUACCUUGUGAUUGAAUUUGUAAACGUAUUACCGUAAUGUAAUGUUAUGCCCGUAUAUAGAACGCACCAAAACCUUGUCUACGGAUGUACGUUAGACAUAUGGGAAAAUCAGGACUGAGCAAAACUAAAUAUUAAUUAUUACGGUUGCUGAAAUAUUGUUUUUGUAACAUAAAUUCAAGAUAUAUACACAUGUAUCCUAACCCGAGAAAAUUAAUACAGCAUUUGUCUGAACUAUCGUCUACUAUAAUGACUCUUCAGACAAUCACUAAGGGUUUAGAGUCAUCAGCAGGGUUCAUCGUGUAGAAAUGCACGAGGGAAUCACAUGGCAGGGUCUUCAGGUCCUAAUUGGCACCAAGUAUUGACUCGAUAAAGGUUUGGGGCCUAUUAUCCUCCACGUCCGUCUGGCUGGAUAGCAGAAUAUCCUCCUAUCCAAAGCCUUGAUCGCAUACGGCUAGUUAGUGCUGGCGACCUCGAAUCUUGCGAUGAUAAUAUAAGUUGAAA